AGUGAAAAAAGUAACAAACAGGCAGUGUCUGGUUGGGGGUAGGGAAGAGGCGAGAAAAGACCGACCCAACAAUACCGCGUUGAGUUAGCGAGCAAGCCUACAAUCGUUCGUGUUUCUUAGCUAGAUAUUAUUUUCCGAAGUCCAAGAAAGUUGUCGCGGGGAAGCUAGCUACUUACGAGCAGAAGCGUAAACAGAGAAGGAGGGACAUGGCCCAGGAGACCAACCAGAGCCAGGGGCCGCUGCUCUGCACCACGGGCUGUGGUUUCUACAGCAACCCGCGAAACAAUGGCAUGUGUUCGAUGUGCUACAAGGACUUCCUCCAGAGACAAAACAACAAUGGACGAGUCAGUCCACCAGUGUCGUCCUCGGCGGCGGUUAGCAGCCUGGGAGAGUCCCUCCUAGCCCAGUGCUCAGAGAGCAGUACUGUAGACGUGCCGUCAGCCAUGACCCACACAGACACAGCCACCGGGAUGAACAGGUACAGUAGUGUUGUAUCUAGCCAGUCACUCUUAACGGCAGCACCAGCUACUCAUUCAGAAGAGAAGAGUACAGCCACGUCUGAAGAAGACCUGAAAACAGAAGAGAUACAGGAGCGAGCACCAUGUAGAGCAGCUGUAGAUAGUGAACAGCAGGAGCCCAGCACAGCAGGUAGCUCAGGGACUCGCCCUGAUAGACAGGCCAGUCAGCCAAUGAGAAGCCAGGAUAGCCAGGACAGGAAGUCAGUCAGUCGCAAGAGGAAGCUAGAGGAGCCAGAUGGAGAGAAGGUGUCUGUAUCGGUAUCCGAGGACACGGACCAGGCCUCUGUAGACGGACAGGACAAAACCUUGGACUCAGACAAACCCAAAGCCACCAAGAAGAAUCGCUGCUUCUCCUGCCGCAAGAAAGUGGGCCUCACGGGCUUCGACUGCCGAUGCGGCAACGUGUUUUGCAGCAUGCACCGGUACUCAGACAUUCACAACUGCACCUUCAACUACAAGGCCGACGCAGCGGAGAAGAUCAGGAAAGCAAACCCUGUCUGCGUCGGGGAGAAGAUCCAAAAAAUCUGAAAACGGGAUUGCCGCGAAUCGGAUCUCACCCGAAAGCCUGCGGUUUUAGAUGAACCAUCGACCACCUUUUCGUUUCUCUCUCCGUUUCCUCUUUGAUUUGAAGUUGUUUGUGUGGACAACGCUCCGUUCCUAUUGGACCCUUUUAAAAUCAUGCAUGCCAGCUACAAAAAAUGUCUUUGGAAAUGUAUUUUUACUUCCUUUGUAGUUUUAAUUAUUUUAUCCCUUAAAUGUUGUGGUUUGUGAAAAAUCUGAAGAUUUAAACUAUGUUACAAUAUUUAGAUUUUGAUUAAUUACCAUACUAAUAGGGCUAUAAUUACUUUGAGAUGGGUACUACUGGAAGGGCUGUGCUUUGCUGGUGUCAAAAAGAAAAGAAAAAAAAACAUGUUAAAACGCAUCAAGGAUCUUUCCAUUCCUCCUUUUGGACUGUAUGUAGCCUGACGACAGAACAGAUUUUGUUUUACAUUAUCAGCGAGAGAGAAGAAACCAGGAUUGUGGCAUACGUUUGCUCCUUUGCUCCCAGACCUUUUUGUAUAAUUGAGUCAUUUAAAGACUGUGUGUGUGAUCUGCUGUGUAAAAGAGUUUAUGUUUAUCACAUGAUUAUGAAUAGCCUGUAUGCAUGUUGUUGCCGGUUGUGAGUUUAUAUGAUAUGAGGAUUAUAUAGUUCAUUUAUGGGUGCACAGAAGUAUGACCUGAAUCUAUUGUUCUGUAUUUAUGUUAGUUUAUUCACUGUCUAAACUUUGAUCUGAAUAAAGCUUUAACACAUUUUCGAAAAUUUGAAA